UGCAUGACUCAGAGAGUUUUAGUGCGGCAAAAAUGUCGGAAAAAAGUGCUUUUCUAGUUGUUGGAGGUGGAAUUGCUGGAGUUUCCUGCGUAGAACAACUAAAUCUCCUGUGCCCUCACAAGAAAGUUACUCUAAUAACUGCAACCGAUUUGGUAAAAGCGGUUGUCAAUCUAACACAAUAUGGCAGAAGUUUGGAGGAAUUUGAAGUUGAACAGAAAGAUAUUGACUCUUUCAGCCAAGAAAUGAACAAUGUCAAAGUUGUAAAGGCUCUGGUGAAGGGUUUUAAUGCUAAAGACCACUAUGUUACUACACAUGACAAUCAAGUAUAUUUCUAUGAAAAAUUAUGCAUCUGUACYGGUGGUGUACCAAAAUUAAUUGACUCCAACAAUCCACAUGUGAUUGGAAUUCGGGAUACUAGUAGUGUCAAUGAACUGAGGAAAAGAUUGUGUAAUGCAAGAAGAGUAGCAGUCAUUGGAAAUGGAGGAAUUGCACUUGAACUAGUGUUUGAGUUAGGUGGAUGUGAAGUCCUUUGGGCCAUCAAAGAUGAUGCUAUUGGGAAUAAUUUCUUUGACAAAGGAGCAGCAACAUUCUUGCUUCCACAUCUUGGUGAGAACAAGGACCACUCACCAAAGGAAACAUUAGUUAAAAGAAUGAAAUACGGGAUAGUGGAAAGUGAAAUAAAGUUCCCCUCUCUCCAAGAAGGUUCAUCAAUAAAAGAAAAGCUUUGUGGUGGAGCCCUUGGUCCMGAUUGGAGCUCAAAUGUAUCUUUACAAUCAACGUCAGACUCUGGUAGACAUGUGUUCAUUAGAUACAAGUGUGAAGUUGACAAGCUGCUCACACCUGAGGAAUUCAAAAACCUGAAUCAAAGUGAAUCAUUUUUCCCAAAAUCAAAACAAACAAACAGUUCAUCUCGUCAGUGGCCUGUGUAUGUUAAAUUGUCAAAUKGUGAAGUUUAUGGCUGUGACUUUGUAGUGUCUGCCACUGGUGUGAUGCCAAACACAGCACCAUUCCACCCUAAUGCAGACUUUGCAUUGGCUGCAGAAGGUGGUAUUAAAGUUGACGAGAACAUGAGGUCUAAUAUUCAAGAUGUUUAUGCAGCAGGAGAUGUCUGCACUCCAUCAUGGGAACCUGCAAAAUGCUGGUUUCAAAUGCGACUGUGGAGUCAAGCUCGUCCUAUGGGAGCAUUUGCAGCACAAUGCAUGAACUCUCACCUUGAAGGUGAAGACAUUUCAUUGGAUUUUUGCUUUGAAUUGUUUGCUCACAUGACAAAGUUUUUUGGUUUCAAAGUAGCGUUACUUGGUAAAUAUAAUGCACAAGAACUUGGCAAUGAUUUCCAGUUGCUACUAAGAUGUACCAAGGGUGUAGAGUAUAUAAAAGUUGUGCUACAAAGUGGAAGGAUGGUUGGAGCAGUUUUGAUUGGAGAAACUGAUCUAGAAGAGACCUUUGAGAAUUUGAUUUUGAAUGAAACUGAUUUAAGUGAAUUUGGAGAAUCAUUGCUUGAUCCAAGAGUUGAUAUUGAUGAUUUUUUUGACUGAAAAUAAAGGAAUUUUAUAAAUGUACUGGUGUAGAAUAGUGUCAAUUAAAAUAU